AUGGCGACUCACCACGGCGACGGCAUCGUCCGCACAGAAAGCGGUCGACAAACCUACACUGCCGACGGCCCUUCGACUUCAGACCCAACUUCUUCGAACGCUCAACGCGCGUCCCAAGCAUCAGACUCCAGCACAAUCGGCGAGAAAGACGCCAGCGAUGGCGAGAAGAACCGCAACGAUUCCAACGGCAACGAGGACGUCGAGAAGCAGUCUGAGGACAAGAAGAAAGACGAGGGAGAGGGCGAGGACGAAGAGAAGGACCCAAAUGUGGUAGACUGGGAUGGCGACGAUGAUCCACAGAAUCCGUACAACUUCAAGCCGGUGAGGAAGUGGCUUAUUGCAGUGUGUAUGGGUUUGAUGACGUUCGUCUGUACGUUUGCAUCGUCGGUGCUGAGUAGUGCGGUUAUGCCGAUAUCGAUGGAGUAUGGACCAGGCACUGUCGUUGCUAUUCUAUCGACUAGUCUGUUUGUCCUGGGAUUUGCAUUUGGGCCGAUUGUUUGGGGUCCCUUCAGUGAACUCUACGGACGAAAACCACCUCUCUUCAUCGGAUACUUCAUCUUCGGCCUCUUCCAAAUCCCCGUAGCCGUCGCCCAGAAUCUGGAAACGAUCAUGAUCUGCCGCUUCUUCGGUGGCUUCUUCGCCUCUGCACCAUUGGCAGUCGUCGGAGGAGCCCUCGCCGACUUCUUCGACCCAAUCGACCGAGGAGUCGCAAUGUCCAUCUUCGGCGCUAGUACCUUCAUCGGACCUACCAUGGGCCCCAUCCUAGGCGGGUUCAUCACCAUGAGCUACCUCGGCUGGCGAUGGACGCAAUGGAUCACCCUCAUCUUGAUCGCGCUUUUUGGAACAAUAGGUUUCAUCGUCAUUCCAGAGACCUACGCCCCAGUUCUCCUCCAAAAGAAAGCCAAAUCCCUCCGCUACGAAACCAAAAACUGGGCAAUCCGCGCCCCAGCCGACGAGAAAAAAGUCGACUUCAAGGAAAUCGUAGAGAAAUACCUCCUCCGCCCCUUCAAAAUGCUCGCCAUGGAACCCAUCCUCGUCCUCAUCACCAUCUACAUGUCCCUAAUCUACGGCAUCAUCUACGGCUUCUUCGAAGCCUUCCCCGUCUCCUUCCAAGACGAGCGCGGCUGGAACCUCGGCGUCGGCGCCCUCCCCUUCCUCUCCGUCCUGGUCGGAGUAAUAAUCGCCUGCCUCAUAAUCUCCUUCAUCACCAAACGCCGCAUCGCCCGCGUCAUGGAAGAAGUCGGCCACGUCGUCCCUGAGGAACGGCUCAUCCCCAUGAUGAUCGGUGGCGUCGUCCUCCCUGUUGGAAUGUUCUGGUUCGGAUGGACGAGCUCCCCGAGCAUCACUCCCUGGCCCCAGAUCAUCGCCGCCGCACCGAUCGGGACUGGCGUCAUGUUGAUUUUCCUGCAGGGGUUGAAUUACAUUAUCGAUGUGUACAAGAUCAACGCGAACUCUGCGAUUGCUGCCAAUACGUUCUUCAGAUCGUGGGUGGGAGCCGCCUUCCCCUUGUUCAGCACGCAGAUGUUUAUAAAUUUGGGGGUGCCGUGGGCGAUGAGUUUGUUGGCGUUUUUGUGUAUUGCGCUCUUUCCGGCGCCGAUCUUGUUUUAUAUUUAUGGGGAGAAGAUUCGGAAGAUGAGUAGAUAUAGUCCUGAUUGA